CUUCAACCACCACCGGGUGGACGCGCGUCUGCGAGAAUCUUCACCGUCACUGUCUGCGACCACUACGACUACUACGUCGCCAGCGCCGACGGCUGGACCUGGUAUUCCACAUUGUUCCGCCGCGCGACGACGUCGACCUUCUCGGUGACGUUCGACUGCCGCGCCUCCUCCGACUGCAACUGGCUCGCCAGCGACACCAUCAUCUGGGACCACUCGCACAUGUACAGCAUCGUCCAUCGGAGGCUGGGGCAACCAGUAUCCCGGCACGAGCGGGAGAUGGCCGAGGUCAUGCACUCACUGCCCGAGUGCGUGCGGGGCGGCGUCUCGUCCGUGUCGGUGCGGAUCCUGCGUAUGGUGCUGGUGCUGGUGCUGAUCUUCACGGCCGCGUGGCUGCCGUACGCGGCCGUCACGCUGGUGGGCCAGUUCGGGAGCGUCGGCACCCUCUCGCAGUGGGUGACCGCCCUGCCGGCCGUCUUCGCCAAGGGCAGCGUCGUCUUCAAUCCCAUCGUCUACGGCAUCGCUCACAAACACUUCCGCAUGACGGUGCGCCGCCUGAUACAGCGGAACGCCUCCAGCGAUGGCAGCUCGCAUCGGCCCGCCCGCUUUAAUUCGGUGGAGCGCCGCCAGGUGUCCACGUGGCGCACCUCCACGUCGAGCCACGUGACGAAGACCCGCAUAAGGAGACUUAAGUUUCAGAGGCACUUGCUCACGUGGCACGAGAGUAGCGGGGGCAUUGCAAGCUCGGCAUCGGUCCGCCGCGUCUCCACUGGCAUUGACCUUCAGCGGCGCCAAUCACAGCGCAGUGUCAGCGUCAUCCACCAACCGGCGACUGGCGGCCCGCUGACGUCAGGCCAGCCGUUGGCCAAUGGACGGCCGAUGUGGCUGCGUUCGACCAAUCGGAGUAUACCGUGGUGCCACACCGAGGAUAAGGCCCCUGAGGGCAAGGAAAGAAGCAUCGUGAUCAUCCCUCGCCGCACUAUCCACAUCGGCACCACUGAUGCCUGAAGCUGUGUAGCACCCGGCCAGCUCUGAACACUGGAACCAGGGCGCGAACGGUACCCCAGAGCGGCCAGGCGACAAAACGCUGCGUCGAUAAUGUGCUUGCUCGUGAACAGACGCCUCCCAGUGUCUGAGCUGAUAUCACACGGAUCUCGACAUUGUUCGCGGACGUCUUGGCUGUGCUCCACGAAGCCUAGGUUAUCAACACCGCACGAGCUCCUUUACGGCCCGGCUUGUCAUGUCAGUACCGUGAGAUCGCCGGUUCGAAUCUAACCCAUGGAUGUUUUCGGUAUUCUCCCGGCACGAUCUGCGCGAGGCAUCGCGAAUGUUCCCACCGCAGGAGGGGCAUGCGUCGUGAAACAGCCUGCCCUGGCGCAUGGUCGUCUAGCACGUGCAGAUCAGUGCGGUGCAGCGAGCCGACGUCAGUCGUGAUUAUCCGCGCAGUUAUUCGUCAUUAUACGCGCGCAAGCAUGCGUCCGUAUAUCAUUGUUAUGUUCGCAGUUUACCUCGUGUGUAUCUCGGUGUUAUGUUCACAGUUGAACUCUUCUAUAUCUCAGUGUUAUGUUCACAAUUCAGUUAUGCGUCGUAAUGCGAUGUUGUCAAUAUCUGGGUAGUGGCACGCGGCGAGUGGUGGUGUUCCUGGAAUGCUUCAGAUGUGUUGGGCAUUUCCUGUCCUAUUUAUGGUCACAGCUGGCGUCAGUGGUACUUUGAUCAGGCGGAAAAGCUACAUUUCAGUUCAGUUCACUGUCGGCACACUAGGUCAUUGUCAUGCGGUGAGAGGAAUACUGUGUGGAUAAUUUCCUUCACAUAUAGCAUUUUGCUUCGGGUGUUCAUUUCUGUACCACAGGAUAUAGGUCCUCAACCGAACUUAUUAUUUUGCAACCAUGUAUGUGUGCUGUGCUCUGCUUGGCUUCUCAUCCAGUCCCAUGUGUCCUUUUACACCUCGUUUUUAAACGCAUCUGCCAGUCAAGGCCGGCUUCAACGUUUGGCGUCAUCUGACGUGCAUACUCGGAGCUCCUCCCACUCAGCGGUUCCUUGGCGUGCCUGAUGUUGGAGCCCCCGAUACUCGCGUCAGAGAGACAUAAGAGCGGGGUUUGGCAGAACGCUGACGCUCACGCGGCGGGCCUGCGCUCGUCUCCAGACUAUAGCUGUGGGCGCAGCGACUGCGGGCUGUUGGUCAGCGUCGUAGCAACACAACAUACGGUGCAGUACAUCACAAUGCCACCAGUGCGCUGAUACCACGCGGCCAAAACCAGGCAGUCACUGCGCUCGGUAAUUGUUGCGUUCUGCCGUGCACCUUACAUAUCUAGCUUCAGCGGAAUCUUUGCGAAAAAGAGAUGCUGGUCCUUAUUCGUUUCGUGCGCCAAUGUCAGUGGAGAGCGGUGGCCCGCUCCACUGCUGUGUGGUAGGCGCUGUGCGCUUCGCCGUUUCUCGCGGCCCUGCACUGUGUCCGCGGUUGCGCGACUCGCGCUGUGCGAUGUGUCCGCGGUUGCGCGACUAAUGGUGUGCGCUGUGUCCGCGGCUGCGCGACUCAUGCUGUGCGCUGUGUCCGCGGUUGCGUGACUCGUGCUGUGCGCUGUGUCCGCGGUUGCGCGACUCGCGCUGUGCGCUGUGCUCUGCGGCAAAAUGUGAUUGGUGCUGAGGGAACUGCCGUGCUGCGUCGGGAUUGGUCAACCAUAUUUUGGGGCUGCGGCUUGGUGUAGCUUUAUAGAUAUCAGUGUCAUGUUCAUCUGUGGGCUGUGCCGAAAUAGCCAAUAUCAAACACCAUUCUAGCAGUGUUCCAUGUCUCGGUGGGCGUUCUGCGCCGGGUUUGUCAAGAUCUGUUCGCUUGUGUUCAAUGGGCGCAAUACAG